AUGGCGGGGCUGACGGUGGGGGAGCGUAGAUCGGAUGCACAGGUGUGGGCACGGGUGGCCGGUUGUACUGCUGCUGAGGCUGGAGGUCUUGUUGGUGGCCGUUCUGGAGUCGGUGGUGGGAUGUCCAUGUCUGCGAACGGGGGUCUGCUAACGACAGGGGCCACAGCAGACGACAUUUCCGAGUAUUCUGGCGGGUCUGUUUCCGGUCUUUCGUCGUUGAUCGACAAUGGGUCGAUGGCCUGGUUAUUUGGGAUGCUGAGUUCGCCUGGGGAGGGCUGUUCGGUGUAUUUUGGCGACGGAGGGAGGCUUGCGAUCACCUCCUCUUCGGUUGCCAGGGUGUUGAGAGACAAGCUGGACGCGGAGGGCCGUGCUGGGAGACUCGGAGGAGCCCCUGUCUGGGUGGCGGGCACGAUGUUGAUGCUGGGUACGCUGUGGGAGGACUGGUUGGGGUAA